AUGGCGGCUCUCCGCACCCCAACAACACGCCUCCUCACCUCCGCUCCCCGUCACUUCCGCCCCUCCCCUCUCGUCCGAACCUACGCAACAGUCGAGACCGGCGGCGUCAAAGAACCCAUCUCCAAGCUCGGCGAAGCCAUGUCUGCCACUCAGCCCCCAGAACCAGCAUCCAAGACCAAGAACAUCGACGAACCAAAUCUAGGCCCCAAAGCAAAAACAAAGACAUUCCACAUCUACCGCUGGUCGCCGGAGCGGCCGACUGAGAAACCAAAAAUGCAGACAUAUACCCUCGAUUUGAACAAGACGGGGCCAAUGAUGCUGGAUGCGCUGAUCAGGAUCAAGAAUGAGGUUGACCCGACCCUUACAUUUCGAAGGAGCUGUAGAGAGGGGAUCUGUGGGAGCUGUGCUAUGAAUAUCGAUGGGGUGAAUACACUUGCUUGUCUAUGCCGCAUCCCAACCUCCACCUCCCACGAAGCCCGCAUCUACCCCCUCCCGCACACCUACGUCGUCAAAGACCUCGUCCCCGACCUCACCCAAUUCUACAAACAAUACAAAUCCAUCAAGCCCUUCCUGCAACGCGACACGCCCUCCCCCGACGGCCGCGAGAAUCGGCAGUCUCCCGCUGAGCGCAAGAAACUUGAUGGUCUGUACGAGUGCAUCCUUUGCGCGUGCUGCUCGACGAGCUGCCCGUCUUAUUGGUGGAAUAGUGAAGAGUAUCUGGGCCCGGCGGUCUUGUUGCAGAGUUACAGGUGGUUGGCGGAUAGUAGGGAUGAGAGGAAGGUGGAGAGGAAGGAGGCGUUGGAUAAUAGUAUGAGUUUGUACAGGUGCCAUACUAUUUUGAAUUGUUCGAGGACGUGUCCGAAGGGCUUGAAUCCUGGGAAGGCGAUUGCGGAGAUUAAGAAGAGUAUGGCUUUUGCUUGA